AUGGACACCCAGCCCGAAAAGGAGCAUCUCAUGGACCCGACCCCACGGGCCACCGCGCAAGAGUACAAGCCCUCUGACAAGCUCGUGGGGAAGUUUGCCCUAGUCACCGGAGGUGACUCUGGCAUUGGCCGGGCCGUGUGCCACUGCUUUUCCCUGGAGGGCGCCAGCGUGGCAUUCACGUACGUCAAGGGCCACGAGGAGAAGGAUGCAAACGACACGUUAGAGAUGUUGAGGAAUGCUAAGCAUGAAGGGGCUAAGGAUUCGUUUGCCGUGCCCGCAUGA